AGACUUCGACUGAGAUUAUAACUUGAUCUGAGAAACUUCUAUUAAGCAUUUUGUAAAUGUUUCAAUCAUUUGAAGCUUCGUCAGGAAAUGUGUUCUUGACCAAGCAUCAACAUGGAGAAAAUUGUGCCUUCGAGUGCAUUGUUGUUUAUAUUGUUACGGUUCAUGAUACUGAAUAGACUUAUUGUUGAUGGAGCCCUAAUUGAUGAAGAUCACUGGUAUAAAGGCUGCUUUAAGCUGAAAUACAAUUCUGGAAUGAGAUACUUUGAUGGAGAUUUGAACCAGUGCUCCAAAACUUGUGCUAAUGAUGGGUAUAUGUUCCUGGCGAUCGACGGCGGUAACUGCUUUUGCGUGAAUGAUUCAGAUAUCUUCUUACCAGUCUCUGCUGAAUCGUGCAACAUUCGGUGUGAGGGUGUUCCUGAUAGAAAUCUGCCUUGCGGAGGAGGAGGAGGUGGAAGAGGAGGAAAAGGAGGAGGAGAUGCUUGGAGUGUGUACUCCUCCUCGGGCCCCUACGUUAAUGAUCUGCAGUCUAUCAUUGAGGCACGCUGGAUAGAACCCAGCGUCCCAACCAGCCUAAAGGCCACGGUUUUCCUUCGCCAAUUUGUUGACAUUAGAGAAGAGCCCCUGAUUGAGCCGGAGUGGGAGAACACAUUGGAGUUGCUGUGCCGGUCUGAGCUCUCCACCGACUCUAUGAACAUCACUGCCAACAGUUCUCGAGAGAGCGCCCUGUGCACUUUGACAUUUCCGAGAGCAGGAACCUUCUACAUACAGUUUUGUCUUCAAAACUACUGGCAUUUACACAGCAUCUGCCCGUGUAAGCAACGACUAUGGGUCAAUGGAGAGGAACAUCACCAUUGUGGUCUUGGAUGAACACAUCCGUGACGUUGAUGUGCGCCUGGUGGCUAGUAACCCCAGUCUGGCCCGCACCCACAAGUGGCUUCUCUUUCACCUCACGGCCAUCACAGCUGACCGUCACAGCACGUCCAUCAGAGUGGACUUCCGAGACGGCAUCGUCAAAACGGCCGCCGUCAAAGAAAGACAGAACAACAUCUCUCCGGCGGACAAAUCUGUCCCGACCUUGUUUGCCAGCUACACCAGCGGUUGUAACCUGAGCCUACAGUUUGACCACGUCUAUGAGACGGAGGGAGUCUUCUCCCCUCUGGUCACUCUCUAUAACAACGUGUCCUCCAUGACAGUGUCCGUGCUACCACCCAUUACUGUCCUCAGAGAAAUCUCUGGCAUCAAAAUAAGGUCUGAUCCCUUUGGUCCGGUAGGGACCUACAUACCAUUUUUACUUACCUAUACUUCAAUGUCUAAAAAUGUCUCGGUGUUUUGGACAGUCUAUAACGAGUCUGGGUUCGAGGUAGAGAGUAAGAAAACCUCGUCAUUAGGAACGGCGUUUCAGUUCUCUAGUACAGGACGGUUUAAGGUGACGUGCACAGUCUCUAACCUCCUUGGGUCUGAUUCCACCUCGUCUUUUGUUGUCAUACUCCAGCCAAUUGGAGAUGUGUCAAUGUCAUGUAAGGUCAAUCCUUAUAUAGAAAUAGAGCAAGAAUUUCACUGUAUUGCUGUCGUUGAAUCAGGAACCGAUUUCAGCUUUCAUUGGGACUUUCAAGAGAAUUCUAAACUUACCCGUGUUGAAGUUGCGAACCGGACUUCGAGGGCGGAACACUUGUACUUGUACCCCGGUGUGUACAACGUGGGGGUGAAGGUGUCCAACGCAUUAGGCGGUGUGACCCGCUCUUUGUCGCACAGCGUGCACGUAGAGAUCCCCAUCGAGUGCCUGAACGUAGUGACAGAGUCUCCCUCCGUGCCGGGCAAGUCGGUCAACAUCAUGGCCUCUGCCACGCGAGGCACCAGCCUCACCUUUGACCUGGACGUCGGAGAGGGACGGAAGUUGGUACCUCAAGAAGUGGACACAAGCGGCGAUGUGACCAUCUUCUCUGUGGGCUGGAACUUUGCCCGUGUAGGCGUGCACCGCGUGACUGUGUUUGCCUACAACCACAUCUCCAGCGCCUCCCGCACGGUGGACGUGCAUGUGAUGGAGAUGCCGCCAGAGUUCCGCGUGCACGUGCUGCCGGCACCGCUCCCGUCCUUCAGGACGCUGGUCGCCAGAACUCUCCAGGGUAAGCUCCUGUACGCUGAGGAUCUGGUGUAUUGUUUCCACUUCUGGGAUGGCGUGAGCCGCUGCACCCAGGUGCCUGUGGUGACCAGAGAGCUACAGGGGGCGCUCAUCCCUCAACUGGAGGGAGCCGCCGCUAAUUACCCGCCGUUCUCGCCUCCUCUUCCUCCUCCUCCUCCUUCUCAACCUGGCAGCGAUCGCGAUGGGGAGGAGGAGGUGCCUGUCCGGUCUCCGCAGUCUGAGAGCUUCUUGCUGGAAGUGACGGUGGGAAACGAAGUUGGCCGGAGGAGUCGCCGGCUGGGACCGUCUGCUCUGACUGUUCCCAAAGUGAAAACUGACGGGCGGAAGAGGAAGAAGAAGCAACGCAAGCACAGGAAGAGGCCCGUCUUGUGGCACCCUACCUUUGUCAAGCGGAAUGAAUCUACUUCCUUUCUCCUCGCGAACAAAACCAAAGGAACACACUCCCUUGUCGUUGAGUAUGGAGACGGUUUCUCUCAGAAUGUUUCUUGUAAAAGGGAUAGUUGUAGCUGGGACCGCCACUGUGCCCUCACAGGUGUGUUUGAGCUGGAUGUGGCCUUAUACGGCAGAAGAGGCAGUCGCCGGGAAGCAGCGGCCCUGCGCUCCGUGCUGGUGGUGGAGGAGCCAAUCAACGGACUGCGACUGCACGGCCCCACGGACCUCGGCAUCGACUGUGACCAUGAGUGGAGUGUGGUUUGGGAUGCGGGAUCUCACCUGAUAUUUGUCUGGUCUCUAGAUGGAAACCCUGAGCAACCUACCACCAUCAGCAAAUAUGUUGCUGGAUUCCCUGAGAAGGGCACACACACGCUUCAAGUAAACGUGUCCAAUGACAUCAGCUCUGCCCAGGCCUCUGUCGUCUUCAGCGUCAAGUACCCAAUCCUUGAUGUCUCCCUCCAUGUGCCACCCAGCACACUAGGCUUUCCCACAAACAUCACUUUGCUAGUGGAGGACGGAAAAGAUUUUCUUGUUACGUGUAACUUUGGGGAUGGAACUAUCAGGAACUACUCCUCAGACUUCUCUAUAGAAAUUCUAGGUCUUGAAAAGCAACAAAUGUCAGCCUCUUUCUGGGAGGAGGGUAUGGCUCCGCUUUAUAAAAUGAUUUUAAGUCAUAUCUACUCCGACGUGGGGGAGUACAACGUGUCUGUUGUGGUGUCCAACGGGUUGUCUAAUGUCAGCCGCAGCCGCACGGCCAUUGUGGAGGAGGGGAUCGGCACAGUAGAGCUGCUAACGGACACUCCGCUAUUGAUGUCAAUUGAUGAUGAAAUGUUUGUCACAGCCAUCGUCAGCUCUGGGAAAAAUCUCAAGUUUGAGUGGGACUUCUCGGACGACUUCCCAACCAGAGUCAAAAGUGAGGGUAACACCAGCUGGGCCUCUCACGCCUUCAGCAUCCCAGACACGUACAUUGUGAGCGUCACAGUGUCCAAUCACCUGCAAGUGGAGGGCGUCACGGCCAAAUUGUCAGGCCCAGUGGUGGUCAUGGACCCAGUGUCAUGGGCGAAGGUCACGCCCGAGGUCACGCCAGGAGAAGAGUCACCGCGUUAUGCUGCAGCCCUGACUGUCAAUGCACAGGGAGAGUUGACCACUGAUGAAAUUUCCUUCCAUGCCAAGUCAGAUGGGUCCCCAGUUGAGUUUACAUUUGACUUUGGUGAUGGACACAAGGCCACCAUCCCUGGCAUUGAGAAGACAGUUCCCAUGACGAUGAUGCAUGGAUUGGCAAAGCAUGUAUACACAGCAGAGGGUGUUUACAUUGUGACUCUGACUGCGAGGAAUGCCCUGGGGAAUGCGACUGUCCAGCUACAGGAGCCGUUCUACGUGCAGCAUCCACCGGCAGGCUUGGAGCUGACCACCAGUGACAUCUGUUCACAGUUUGGGGAGGUCAUCUCUUUCAAUGCCUCGGUCCAAGCAGGAACAAACGUAUCUUUUGAUUGGAAGCUGGAUGAUGAGACCGAGCUCAUAGAUGCAGGUGGCUAUGUGGAGCACCAGUAUAGAAGAGUAGGGUAUGAGCGCAUUCAAGUCACAGCCUCCAACAAAUUGGCUAAUUUCUCGGCUCACCUCAGGGUGCAGAUUCGUGAAAAGAUUUUAGGUGUGAACCUCAGUGUCAGUGAUACUGUGGUGGUGGCAGGACAGAGCACAGUUUUCACUGCCAAGAUGAACCCGCCAUCCGCCGAAGAAGGCUGCUGGUAUGAAUGGGUGUUCAGCCAGAACCAAAGGCAGACUCUCUAUGAUAACAAGCUGUCCUACACAUACAGACGAUCAGGAAGGCACAAUGUACAAGUGAGAGCUGUCAACUGCUUGGGUUCAGUGACAUCGGCCGCUGUUCCCCUGCUGGUGGUGGCCAAGCUGCACAGUCUAGAGAUCAAACUGUUGGGCGACGCGGUGCUCAACUCCUCUGUGCACAUGAUGGCUGACUACUGGCAGGGAGAUUCUCUUGUCUUCACAUGGGACUUUGGCGAUGGCUCGCCGCCACAGGUCGUCAAUAGCUCUGAGGCCACGCCUGGAAGUAUCCGAGGAAAAGUUGAACACACAUACUCCAGAAUUGGUGAGUACAUCAUUCGGUUGACAGCGGAGAACCCGGUGAGCAGGGGGGAGGUGACUCGGAAAGUGUUCAUCAUGGAGCAGCCCUGUGACCCGCCAGACAUCACAAUACUGGGCGCACCGGUCAGAAGGCCCUUGGAUAGAGCUGAGAUUCAGUUUGAACGCUCAGAGACCAUAAGGAUCGAGUCCAAAGUGAGAGUGAACUGCUCAGGAACAACCCAGAUCAAGUUUGGCUGGUCUGUGGUGGACACAAAGUUCCGUCGCUCGCUCAGCCUGAGGGUCCCGUGGGCCACCAAUGAAAAGACCAACAAACACCUGAAGUGUUCAGCCCUCGUCCUCCCUCCGUGGGUGCUGGGGGUCGGGGAAUAUCUAGUCCGCCUUAAGGUGGAGAUGAAUGGUACACAAGUGCCUGUGUACUCGGAGGCUGAGGAGCGACUGACCGUGGUACCCACACCGCUGGUCAGCUCUAUCCAGGGUGGGGUCUAUAGACAUGUUGGGCAACACUCCCUGAUCCGGCUAGAUGGGCGGGAGUCACGGAACCCAGAUAAUAGCUCUGCACAGCUCAGCUACCUGUGGAACUGCACUACGCUAAGAGACCGUCUCACCAACUGCUUCAACUUCUCCGAGGAAACGCCAGUCAUGAACACAUCUCAACUUGUCUUUCCUGCCAGCUGGCUCCUUCAGAACUACACAGAAUUUAAUUUCAGUUUAACAGUUUCUGCGGUUGCUGAAGGUUCCGGAAAUAAUGAAAAUAAGGAAGAUGAUGAUAAUUAUGUACUUCGGAAGUCUGUGUCAACGCAAGUCAUCCGAUUGAGGCCGAAUGAUCCAGUGAUUGACACGUUCAUCGAGUGCCCUCAGUGUUGGAGAAAUAUGGUCAAUGCCAACCACAAGGUGUCGUUCCGAUCUCACUGCCCAAACUGCCCGCCUGGCACUCUGACGUAUAAAUGGAAGGUGUCACUGCUGUCAGGGAGGGACAAAGAAGUUCAUGCUAUCGGCAUGGUUCACAGCUCCUGCGUCAAUGCUAACGGCUCCUCCUAUUUGAUGUUAAAACUGGGCACCAAUGAAAGUUUAACGCCAGGUUCAAAGGCCUCCGCCAUGGAAAGGAAAACAGGAGAUGGUGUUCGGAUCCUAAAGACAGAAACAUCUCCAGUUCUUCGAUUAGAAGAUGAUGGUUCACGCGGACAUGCAGAGCUUAGGCGUGGAGAGACCAGAGAUAGCAACUUGAUGGAAAACAUGAUGGACCCCCAGGAAGACGAAGGACAAGGACCUCGGCGGACUCAGCUCCACUCUUUCUAUCCCAGCAUGCGCGAGGGCGUGGCAGGCUCCAGUGGAAGUUCCGCCGGAAGAUCUGGAGGUGGAAGUGAGACCACCCCCUACCCAGAAUCGUCAUCGAUAGACUUUAUUGAGCGCAUCAUCGGCCCCACCCCGGCCACUUCUCCUCUGGUCAGCCUGGACCGACUGCUCAUCUCUCUGACCAGCGACCAGACCUUGACAGGCCUGGACCAACCCUCGCUCGUCAUCAAACCCGGGGUGCUCAAACAAGGGGGCUCCUACUUUGUUGAGGUCGCCACUACCGCACAAGGACCUUCCUCUCAGCUAUGAAGUGAGCUACAGCCUGUCUAGCUCAGCCCAGGUGGAACCAGUCGUCAUUUAUCAAGGUCUGCGGCACACAAUCAAAUUCCAACUGCCUGCUGGUCGAGCAGAACAGCGCUAUGAAGGUGGAGCUGAUCCAAGCCUUGAAAUGCCUCGUGGAAAUCACCGACCAGACGGCUGAGCUUGACGGCCCCACAGUGUUGGCAGUGCUAGCUCUCCUGAAGGAGAUCAAUGCUGAGGCCCAGGUCCUGUUCUCAGCGGCAGACGCCAGCGGGCCCAACAGGGGCCUUAACCCGGAGCUCCUGGCCCUGGUGGUCCGGAUUGUGUCCAACCUGCUGAAUUCUCUGGCCCACAACACGAACAUGUUCGAUGGCACCAAGCACCAGCAGCCGUCCCAGUUCUACAAGAGAAUCACAGAGGACGGACUGGCUAUGCUGAACACCCUCACACAGAUGGAAUUGCAGUAUCACUCUAUUGGAGAGCAACCUCUUCUACUGAAGGACAAAUUCCUAUCUUUGAAUGCUUCCCUGUACAGUCUGCGCCAGCUGCAGCCUCUGCUCAUGGGCGGUGUGAUGUUCCAGCUUCCGUCCGGGCUGGGGGCUCUCCUGGCUCACCAACAGGACAUCAACACAACAGGCACACAAGUGACACCUGGGGAGCUGGACGUGGGCUACGGAUGGGAUCACGACUGUUUGCAGACUCGGGCUUUCUCCUUCUCACAGAAUCCAUUUGCGAUGGUGGAGAAAGAUGCAGAUGUGGUGGAGUCAGAGCUGGCAUCUCUUGAUCUCUAUGACUGUACAGGAGAGAAGAAGCUGAAAGUUGAGAAUUUGCCUCAGAAAGACUCAAUUGACAUUGUCAUUCCUAGAAAAAUUGGCUCGGCUCCCACCUGGAGCAGGCAUUAUCUGGACAAGACGGUGAUGAACAUCCACCUUCUGAACAUCAGCCUGGUACCGCACCACUACGAUGAGCCAGAUGACCAUGUGAGGAUGGAGGACAAGUACUUGCACAUACAUAUACAGCAUGAGCCUGUGCAACAAGGGACAACUUUUCCUGUCUUAGUCAUCAUAAGCUCUCAGCAGCCUCCACACAACCUACAGAAUCAUGUGUUUAAGCAGCAAUACAACGCAUCGACGGAUGAAAUAAAAAUAUAUCUGCCAGCCGGGUCACUUCAAGGUGGCCAGCCGUAUUACGUGGGCCUAGUGGAAGCUUCUUUCAACUCGGGCCGUCGACGUAGCAGCGAGGUGGAAGGUCGCCACUACACUCUGAGCUCAUGGUGGGGUACUUGUGUCUACUGGAACCAGACUCAAACAAAAUGGAGGAGCAAUGGCUGUCAGGUCUUGCCGUCUUCUAGUGUGGAUGCCUUGCAUUGUCGAUGCAAUCAUCUGACCACUUUUGGAGGCUACUUUGAACUCAUACCAAAUGAUUUAUCAUUCACCAGUGUGGAAGAAUUCUUCAGGCUUCAUGAGAACCCGGUGGUGGUGGUGUUGGUGGCUCUGGUGCUGCUCAUUUAUGUGAUGCUGGGCUCCAUGCUGAGACACUCGGACCUACAUGACGCGCGCAAGGGUAGCUGUGUGUACCUCCAGGACAACACGCUGACGCACAGGCAGAAGUAUGAGGUUGUCAUGGAGACAGGAUUCAGCAGGAAUGCAGGCACCACUUCCAAGAUCAGCAUUAUACUUCAUGGAGAGGAGGGGAUGUCUGAGACCAGGGAGCUUAUCAGUGAGGACAAUCGGCCCAUGUUUGAAAGGAACUCUCGGGACAGAUUCAUUGUGACUCUGCCGGACAGCCUGGGUCGUAUCUUCAAAGUCCAGCUGUGGCACAACAACUCGGGCUCCUCGCCGGGCUGGUACCUGCGGCAGGUGGUGGUGCGAGACCUCAGCGCUGGACAAGCCUUCUACUUCCUGUGUCAGAGGUGGCUGGCCGUGGACAAGGACGACGGCAAAGUGGAGAGAGAGUUCACCGCUCUUGACAGCAAAAACAUCAGCUUUGUUAUGGUGUUCUGGUGCAAAGGCUCUCAGUACGUCAGUGACUUCCACACCUGGCUGUCUGUCUGGACCUGCCCACCACACAGCCGGUUCACCCGGGUCCAGCGUCUGACCGUUUGCCUCACCCUCCUCCUGUCCUACAUGUGCCUCAAUGCCAUGUGGUUCAGGAGAGCUCCUGGCAAGAUUCGGGGAGAGUUUGGCCUCCUGGACUUGUCCUGGCACAACAUCAUCGUCGGGUUCAUCUGCUGUCUGGUGGUCGUUCCUCUCAACCUUCUGCUCAGUUUUCUCUUCCGUCGGAGUAGGGUGCAUUACCCAGGCUAUGAGCAGGACAAGGUGCUGGUGAGCGGCAAGUGUGCUGGGGAGUUUGUGAGCGAGGGAGAGGAGGAGCUGCCCCAGUCCACCGUGGCCUACUCCAUACUGGACCAGUCCAUCAUCAACUGGCAGAACAUCCAGGACUGGGCACAGAAACAGUGGCUCAAGAGGCAGCAGUCUGUGCGGUCCAGUGCCAACAGUGUGAAAACCACACAGACGAGUCCCCAGCUGUCUGCCCCGUCCACUACACCACUGGUUCAACAAACUCUGCUGGCAGAGGACGACACCGACCAGGCCUCCAGCGGCUUUGAGGAUGCGACCAGUCAGGCCACGGCUGAGAGACAUCGCAUCAAAGCAGCUUCAGAUGUCAGCUCUGACGGGAAGAUAUCCAGGAAUGAAUCCCCCGAUCUCCAGAAUUCCAGUCGCAGAAUCUUUCUCCCAUUUUGGUGCCGUUAUGUGGCUUGGACGCUGUGCUUUCUGAUCAGUGGCACUUGUGCUGCUGUUACUGUCAUGUAUGGUUUCAGGUUUGGCCACACGAAGAGUGCCAUGUGGGUCCAGUCUGUUUACUUCAGCUUCAUGAUCUGUCUGUUUAUCGCACAGCCACUAAUGGUCCUCCUGAGUGUCCUGUACACAGCACUGACCCACCAGAACAACCCCAGCGUGUUUGACCACUACGACGAUGGCUUCUACGGGGCACAGGUCUCAUACAGUCACUUGUCCAAACAAAACAGCUACCUGUCGGAGGAGGAGGAGGAGCUGCAGAGGGGUGUGGCGGCAAGAUCAAGGUCAAGGUACCUGCGUUUUGCCGGGCCUCCUCAAGAGAAGCAACUCAAGUCAUCCAGGAAAGUCCUCAUCAAGCAGAAGAGAGCACUGAUUUUUCUCAGGGACUGUGUGUCAUUUGUCUUUAUGUUUGUCCUGCUGUGUUUGAUCACGUUUGGGAAGGAUGGUUCCAAUCGGUAUAACCUCAACAGUGCCCUGAGGAAAGCGCUCUUGGAAAAAGGGGCCGGAGGAGUAUCGUUUGAGCGCCUGGGAUCUCCGGCCCACUGGUACACCUGGAGUCAGACAACGCUGCUAGAUGUCCUGUACAAAAACUUGCCCGGGGAUAAGUACAAGCCUGGCAGUAAUAAGUUUGGCAGCCUGAUAGGUCAGGUUCAGCUACGUCAGCUACGGGUGUUGCCUGAGCCCUGUCAACGUAUGCCGUAUAUGGAGCUGGACCAGAGCUGUAUCUAUGCCUACAACUACCGCAAGUCUGACCGCAGAGAUGCAGGACAGUCGUGGUCAUUUGUGGAUAGCAGGAGCUGGGAGGUGGACCCUGGCCUGUGGGGUCAGGCUGGCUGGUACGACUCUUCCGGCCUUGUGCUCAGCUUGAACCGCUCCAGAGCUGUUGCAGAGAAGCAGUUGAAGGUGCUGGAAUCCCAACACUGGCUGUCUGUGCAAACCAGGGCUGUGUUUGUGGAGAUGACUCUAUACAACGCCCCCUCAAAUUUAUUCAGUUCUGUGACAAUGUUGCUGGAAGUGACGCCGGCAGGAAAGAUCUUCACUUCUGUCACGGUCAUGUCGACGCAUGUGUUCCGCUACGUCACUAUCUGGGACAACAUUGUGCUGGGCUGUGAGCUGCUGUACAUUGUCAUAGCUAUGUGGAUUUGGUGCCGGGAGCUCAAAGUCAUGAUCAAAAUGGGAAGGUCGUACUUCACACAUUUUUGGAACUUCAUUGAGCUGUUUGUGAGCUGUACCUCCAUGACAUACGUCGGCUGUUACGUCUAUCGCUUUGUGCUGGUCUCGGAGACGGUGGAGUUCCUGCGGAGCACGUUCUAUGAGGAGUUCAUCAACCUUGCUUUGCUGACCUUCUGGGAUGAGCUCCUGAGAAACCUGCUGGGCAUGCUGGUGUUCUGUGCUAUGCUGAAGCUGUUGCAGGUGCUGCGCUACCAUCAGCUGUUCUGGCGGCUGCAGACAGUCUACCGGAGGUGCAGGAAGGAGAUACUUACUGCUGGUGCCCUGUACCUGAGCCUGGUGAUGGCCUUCUCCAGUCUGAGCUGUGGCCUGUUUGGUUCAGUGCUGCUCUGUGUGCGGUCACUGUGGACCAGCAUGUUGACCAUCUCAGCGCUGUCCGUCCGGGCGGUGGACUGGCCCAACGCCAUCAACUCUGUCUCUGACCAGGCUCCGUGGCUGCCAGUUGUCUUCUUGUUCGGCUACACCUUGUGCCAUGGGCUCGUCUUUACCUAUAUCUUUGCAGCGUUGUCUCACAGACUGAGGCAAACAAAGAAGUGUAAGGUGUUGGCCAUGCCUGGCAGUCAGCUGUUUGCCUUCUUCUGGGACCAGGUCUUGAGAUGGUCGGGCUCUAAGGUGGAAAUGUCCAACAUCCAGACUGAUCACACUCUGCCCCCGGAGUUCACCAUGGCUGAGAUCCUGUACCUGGUGGAAGAGCUGUUGUUCCGCAUGAAUGCCCUACUAGGCACGUCGGGCCUCCCAGACAAACACAACAGCUUCACAGACUCGGACUCCACGCCCAAUGGUGGCGAUGACGGGAUCUCUAGUGGGGAGUCAGAGAUGAGGGAGGAGGAACACACCAUCCACUCCGCCAUCGCUGGCUCAUUGUUCCCGGAGGGGGCACGUCUGGAGCACAGAGUACAGAAGAUUGAGGACAAACUCUGCUCUAACGAGCCUUACCUGGCACAGCUUCUCAAGCUGGACAGCAUCGGCGCGGAUAUCUUGUCUGAGGAGAAGGAGAAGGAGAUACGGUCAAGGCUAGAGUUUGAAAUUUUCCGCCAACUCCAAAUGCAGAGGCAAGAGUCGUCUGUGUUUGAUGUCAAUGACCAGCCUUACGCUGCCUGCUCCGGCGCAGAUCCUCUGGUUAAUCUGGCGUUACCUCUGGGGAAAAAUGCUGGACCAAACGGCCGUGAUACGGCGUGUGAGCUGGGAGACAGCGCGCUACAAGAGCUGACCAGUAAGGUCCAGCAGCAGUGUGGUCUGGGGGCCAGGGCCAAAGAGAGCAGCCUGUCCUCAAGCAAGACCAGUCCAGAGUCUAGCUCCUCCGGCCAGGACUCCCCACAAGAUCUGCGGCUUGUCCAUGAGGCCGCUGCCUGCCCCCUGAGGCCAGUCCGUGAUGGGGCCGUGGGUCCUGCCAGGCCGGCCCGGGAUAGUUGUGCUAGUCACCCCAAGCCUGUCUUGUUGCUGCCUCCAAAGAGAAGUCAGAGCAUGAAGGUGCCGGGGAAACAAGGCGGCCACUGUCCCCUCACAGACGGCAUCAAAACCCACAAACAGUGGUUAGAUCUCUCCACUACCAAUGAAAUGGCCCGAGAGGCCAGACUAAGGGCCAAGUUUCUCAAAGCUGGAGCAGUUAGUCUCCAGAGACCAAAGCUUUGUGAUAAAAAGGACACAUUGAUUGGGAGUGUUUCUAGUCAUGACAAACGACCAAAGAGUGAUGUUCAUGGCAAACAAGAUUUUAGUCUUUUGAAGCGACCGAGUGUGAAAGGAAAAGAUCCUCGAUCAGAGAACCUUUCAAGAGGCAGAGAGAAAGACCAACGAAAAGUCGAGGCUGGCUUGUCAGUGGCCGCACCCACACUCCACCCAUCAUCGGGCAAUGCAAGCCCACAGAGUUCUGAGAGUGAGCGCGGUCACCGACGUACAGAUUCCUCGUCGGGUCAGUCUGGCCAUGAGAAAAAUGAGGCGGCUGCAGCAGCCAAAGUUGCCAGCAAACGGCCGGAGCUGCCUCCCAAACCCACGUUCAGCCACGGCGUUCUCCCACCCAUAGAGAUGGGCAAACCUCUGUCUGGCUGGAGCCCCAAGCCCAAGCCGUUUACUUUUAUGCCAGAACUGAUGAGCCCUAUUGGAGCAGAGUCGAGUUCGGGCUCCGAGCCUGAGGCCACCUUGUCCAGCAAGCGAACAGCACAGGGCAGACGGAACUUGCGCAAGACCAAGUCUCGGGGUAAGGGAAAGGGGAAUGAGGGGGGCAUCUCCUCGCCCAUGGUGCUUGCUGCAGACUUUGCCUCCAGCGGACAGAGUGGUGGCUCGGACUUUGACAUCAUCAUCCACCCCAUACCUUCUGGCAUAGAUCUGAAUGACAACACAGUGCCUGAAGAAUUGUUAGAGUAGUCACUUCAGGCCCAAAGAAACCCUGUGUCAGAGAAGUUAUUUGAAUAGUUGCUUUGAAGUAACAGAUGUAAAGGGAAUCAGUUAUGUAGUCGUAAUUUUUUUGGUGUCUGUUAAGGAAGAAAAUCUCAACACCUUCAUUCUAAUUAGUUUUAUAGUUAACAUGUAUGCUGGAAACUAAUAAUUCAGUAUAGCUGUUUUAUAAAUAAAAUUGAAAUGCUUACUGGAGCAUAAGAGAAUUGUUGUUAUGUAACGAAAGAAUGUUUCACCUCAGCUGAUAUCUUAAACCAAAAAAAAGUUUGUACUUGUGUUUUUGAGUGCUUGAUGAGUUGAUGAAUUUGUUUUUGUGACUGUACUGUCCAGUGCAGUUUGUUUUGCCAUGCUCUGUACGGCUGUGGUGUCACAGACAGCUUUUCUGUGAGGCAGGUUGUAGCUGUGAGUUUGGUGACCGCUCAAAAGCAUGAUCUGAACCAGCGCAGCCGUGCCUCCCAGUAGACUGUUUGUGGCGUGUGCCACAGUUAACGGUAGGGAGGGCCAAUUUGUAGCCGACCGUCUUCUGAUGCCUGAUUGGUUUGUUUUGCCAUGUUGUGUUGGAGAAUGCUUGGCCUAUGAAUUCACUCUCCAGCCAUGAAUUGCUCAUAUGCCCACAAGGCAUACCAACUAUGCUCUGUUGAUUUCAAAAGGUGCUAUAUAUUUUAUGACAUAACCUGUUAAUUUUUUUGUAUACAAUGAUUGAAUGCAUGUUUCUUGUUUGAAUUGUUGCAAACUUGUAAAGUUUUUUGGGACAGAAGUACAUAUCUCAAAAUUUAUAAGUCGAUACUUGUAGGGGCAGAUGAUCUUUAAGAACUUAUAUAAAACCUUAUAGGGUAAAACAAUCUUUCUGUGGGCAUUGAACAUUUGAACCUUAACAGCAGAGAGAUGCUUCUUUUCUUAUGUGAAUACAUCUGUAAGGACACCAAGCCUGAAGAGAGCAUCUGGGAUAACAGCCUCAAAUUUCUGUGCUCUCCCAAUGUCCUGUGAGAGUCUGUCUGAUGGAGCGGAGAUGCACAUCUCUUUCUCUUGUGCCAAGUGUCAAGGCAUGCUGUUAUGUUCCUUAGAAAAAGAGAAAGAAAUGUUUUUAGCGAAAAAGCAAAGGUGAUUUUUUAGAAUAGAUUUCUGAUGAAGCUAAGAUAACUGUAUUUUGUUCUUUUUGAGAUACAAAAAUUAAGUGUUAGUUCUUUUGUUUUUGACUGACGGUUGACUUUUAUGUGUGAAGGAGAUUUACAUCUAUAACACUGCACGUAUGAUUUCAAAAGGUGCUCUCCGUACUUACCGUUUACGAUCAUGUGAUAAUAUAUUCACCACUGUGGUAUGUAUUUUAGUGAAUAAUUUAUGCAAAGUGUUUAGUAAUUACAUUGUAAAACUACCAUCUUCCAGUCUACCAUUAUUUGUAUCGUUUGUUCGGGAAAAAGUGAUCUUGCAAAACUGUUCAAAGUGUGAUUGAGGGAGUAUGGUUUUGUAUGCUCUCUUCCUUCUUUCUCACUCAGUUUCUAUUGUUGUUGAUUAAUGAGAGAGAGGGAAGGAGAGUGAGAGAGAGUGAGAGAGAGAGAGAUUGGGAGACAAAUGAGGGUAAGAGGGAUGGAGAGAGAGUGAAAGAUAAGGAGAGAGAGAUGGAAUAAAUGUGUUUUUACUCACUGCCACAGCCUGAGGCUGUUCUCAUCAUUAAAGUACGCAAUAAACUGUUACAUCAUGCAACUUGA